UCACUGACACUUCCCAUUCGGCCCAAUAAGCCAGCAAAUCUUGAAAAUUUACUCAACGUGACGCCAAAUAUAUAAUGUAAAAGAGAGAGCCUGUCCCAUCCACCGUUCACUCCGUGGCAUCGAAUUGGAAAGGACUCCUGUGCAAAAUGGUCAGCCAGCUGCCCGCGCAGUCCGCUCAUCUAGUCAAGCUCGCUCCCGCCGACCAGGUGGCCGUUGCCGUGGUCACUAACCUCCAGAGAUCCAGUUCGAGCUCCGCCCGCCGGAGGCUAAUCUCGGCCUUGUUCGCCAGCGACCUGGGCACCUACGUUAGACGCCUGUUGGCCCACGUGGCGAGGAAGUUCUGUGCGCUCUUUCGCCCGGACCUCGGGCUCACCUACAAGGAUGUGGCCGUGUCUCCGGUAAUGGCCCAGAGACUGGCCGCGGUAGGCCGGAAGACGCUGAUCCUCGACCUAGACGAGACUCUGGUGCACUCCUGCUACAGCGAUCCGGAUACCCACGACAACGUGGGAUGCAACAUGUUGCCCGAGGGCGCGAAGCCUGAUUAUGUGCUAAGCGUGUCGAUUGAGGGUGUCGAGCCGAUCUCCUUCCGGGUCUUCAAGCGACCGCAUGUGGAUGAGUUCCUGGACUUUGUGUCCAAGUGGUACGACGUGGUGAUCUACACGGCCAGCCUGGAGGUCUAUGCCGCCCAGGUGGUGGACCUUCUGGACGCGGGUCGGGGCAUUAUCCCGCGCCGCUUCUACCGGCAGCACUGCCGCAACUCCACGCCGUUAAUCGCCAAGGAUCUCACCCUGGUCAAUCCGGACAUGAGCGGCACCUUGAUCAUCGACAACUCGCCGUAUGCGUACCGCGAUUUCCCGGACAAUGCCCUGCCCAUCAAGACGUUCAUCUACGAUCCCGAGGACACGGAGCUGCUCAAGCUGCUGCCCUUCCUCGAUGCCCUGCGCUUUACCAAGGACGUGCGAUCGAUUCUCGGUCGGCGAGUUACCCGCUCUACGAUUGUCCGCUCCACGACUUCAUCAACAUAUCGAUGAAACCGAACGGCUUCUUCCUUUUUAAAAAAUUUCUUAAAGUGGCAAGUUUGUCUACAAAAAUUAAGCAUUACUAAAUAAAGCCGACCCGUUGUAUUUGUA